ACAUCUCUGCGCCACAUAUCUGUAAGUUCCUGAAUCGCAAUAUGGGAAGAAGGUAUACAGACUACAGACAUGAUCUUCACCUACAGUACCGAAAAUCAAAAUCACUGGCCAAAGCACAAGCAGAGUUCCCUAACCUCUCGCAAGAAGAUUGGAAUUAUCUGUGUACUCAGCUUUUCAACACACCAGAAUUUCAGAAAUUAUCUGCUCAGAAUGCUCAAAGUCGGGCUUGUCUUCAAUUCCUCCAUCGGGGAGGAUCUCGAUCGUUUAUUAGUCGUGGUCCUAAGCCGGUAUACAGUGUUGUAUACUUUUGCGUAUUGUAUCAGUUGAACCUUGAGGUUUUUAUGCAUGUAGUAGUGUAAUAUCUGGGUGUAAAGGUACAGGAUUAUUCUAUAUUUCAUUUGAGAAUGUAGUUCUGUAUUGAUUGAGAA